CCUUGGGAGAUUCCAAUCCGGACGUCAGGCAGAGGAACUGGAAAAAACAAGUCUGUGAAUGAGCUCAGUUUUUUUGAUCAUCUACGGUCGUCCGUGCAUUGUUGAAACGUCGGCGGCCAUCUUUGUGGAAGGCACUACGAGAUUAGCAUCUAGUUGCCGCCCGUGAGUCGUUAUGUUCACAGUUGUCUUUUACUGGAGCUGUGUGGAGGCAGCCCAAGGUGCCGUGAUGUGGUCCAAAUGUCCUUCAACAUGGCUGCAUUUACACUUCACAUCUUCCCAUUUAAAGGCUUCACUUAUGCUCUACAUUUCAUACGUGUUGUGCUUUCAUUCCACCCGUUUUGCAUCAGUCUCCUGGAAGCUCGCCGAUACACACCUAAGGCUGCAGUACCACCUCAAACUGCGGGGGCAGUGUUGAGAUUCGGAGCAAUCAUUCACCAUUACCAGAAGGAACGGAUUGAAGGUACGCACAGGGAGCAUAAAUGAGCCUUAAGGAGGGAAAUACGCACAAAUCUCAAACAGGCCUCGGAUCAUACACGCCAUGUUGGAUGAGAUUGUAAAGUACAAUGGCUAAAAAGUUACAUACAGGCGCUACACCGGAAUUGUGAAUUUUUUAGAUGAAUAAAAAUCUCAGGAAACUGCUUAAAUGGGAGGGCAGCGGGAGGAAAGAAGGGAAGUAUGGGAGUUUCCUGGUAAAAACGGGAGUGUUGACACAAAAGUCAUCCAGGCCCCUCCCCUCCUUUGCAAGUCCGCUUCUGUUCUGUCAAUGAUGUGAGGUUUCUGGAGAGCAAUGGAAGCAUGUGAGAGGAAGAGCAAGAAGAAGAAGUACACAACAAUCCAUGAAUAAAUACGCUUCAUCCUACCAUCUCCUUCCUUGUUUGUGACCACUUUCCAGCAUGCAGCGUUUCCAAAACAGGAAGUACAAUCAUUGUGUGUUGCUUUUUUUUUUUUCUUCAUUGGAUUCAUGAAGCAGACACCCGAUUGGUCGCUUCGACUUCCUCAGUCAUGUGCUUUCAUAAUCUGUCAGCACUUCUGCUUUUAUUGUCUGUCCCGUGGAAAAAAAAAAUCCCCCAACAGACUGUCACUGCAUUUAUUACCAUGGCAGUGAUGGAGACUCUUUGCUAGCUGCUACUUCCUCAUUUUGAAGGAGCACAGGCUAGCUUCUAGAAAGUUCCAACAUGUAAGCAAUGCCAAUGUGGAGGAAACACUUCAUUCAUUCUAGCAAAGGUUUGUUAUUUUUGCUGUAAAAAGGUUUGUGUGUGGUCAGUCCAAGGUGUGCAUAGCCAGCUUGUGUAGGCUCCAGCUCAUCUGUCACACAUCCGAGGACAGGCGCUAUUGAAGAGGGAUGCAGGAGCUAUUAAUAUGAUGCCAUCAUUCGUACUACGGUGGCCAUUGUGGUGCGUUGGUUUCGCAUCCCUGCCUAGGAAGUCAGCGUGUGAGCGGACAGGUAAGGGAGGGAAUGGUAAUGGACGGGAAACCUGCUUGCUCAUCCUUUAUCAGCAUGAGUCAGCGCUGUUGCAACACACACACACCCUCCCUCUGCCUGUCACACAUACACAUUGACAGAUGACUGAGUCAAGCUCUUAGCUUGUUGGUGAGUUGAGGAAAAAGUGCACAGAACCUUCAGCGGGAUCCGCCUGAGCAGAUGUCCUCCUCGUACACUUACGCGUCCACGGCGCAUUCCGCGCACGUGCUGCGCCGCUUGGACGAACUGCGUCGGCGGAGGGUGCUCUGUGACGUCACGGUUCAGGUGGAGGGCCGCGAGUUCGAUGCCCAUCGUGUCGUGCUGGCCUCGUGCAGCGAGUACUUCGCGCGCCGGCUCCACGGAGACGUCGACGUCAUCACUCUGCCGACCGAGGUAACCGUUAGCGGCUUCGAGCCUUUGCUAAAGUUCGCUUACACGUCCAAGCUGCUCUUCAGCAAAGACAACAUCCUAGAAAUACGCAACGCUGCGUUCAUCCUAGGAUUCAGAGACCUGGACGAGGCCUGUUUUUACUUCCUCCUCCCAAAGUUCUGCUCCUCCAAUGCGGGCCUGGCGCCGUCAUCAUGGAGGAAGAGCUGUUGUAAGAAGAAGAGCAAGCGGCACCUGACCAAGGAGGAUGCUGACAGUGAUGAAGACAUUAAACUGGUUGGUGAUGCACCAGAAGCACCCCAGCCCAGGACAUGCUGUCUUCCACCAGCAGGGGGCACAAGAGGAGCCUUCACGCUUGGGCCCAAGGUGGAGCAGACUUGUGGGAAAGAGACUGAGAAAAGCGGGAAUGAGACAUCCUUGGACAGCCAACAUGGUACCAGUCACACGUGUGCCCUGCAGACAAGACCGCAGGUUCAAAUCCAGAAUGAGGAGCAAGUGAAGAUGGAGGAGGACACCACCCAGAGGUCACCGGGUCUAAUGUCUCAUCACUGCCCCCUAGAGGCUGUUGGAGAGGAAGCAACAGGACAAGGAUCAGGAACAAGCGUCUCUGGUGGUUCUGAUAUGGUACCAGGAGAUACAGCAGGGGAUACCCGGAAAGAUGACCCGGAGGAGAUGGAACUCAGUUCCACCAGCACCAAGUGCCCCUUCCUCAGCCAGGUCCAGGACCCCAGCAGACCCCGGUGGAAGGGAAGCACCAUGCUGUCCGAGAGCGAGGGAACGUCCAUGUCGGGCCUGUCGUCCCUCAACUCGGGUGAGGAUGGCGACUCGGAGACGGAGGGAGACAGCGAGUCGUACACAACGGAGAGGGUGCGACAGCUGCAGCUUCCCUUCUCGGUGGACUGGAUCGUAAACCUGAGCAGGACCGACCUGCAGCAGCUGCUGAAGCAGCAGGUCUUCACGCGCGAGCAGCUGGACCUGAUCCACGACGUGAGGCGGCGCGGCAACAACCGGCUGGCCGCCCAGCGCUGUCGCCAGAAGAAGCUGGAGUGCAUCUCCAAACUGCAGGGCGAAAUCAACAAAUUGAAGUGUGAGCGUGACAAGCUGAAGAUGGAGAAGAACCACCUGAGGCAGCUCCAGCUGACGACCCGUCACAGCGUGGACGUGUUGUAUCAGCAGGUCUGCGGCGAAGCUCACCUGCAGCACGAACAGCUCCAGGUCUUGGCCAGGUACUCGUCUCCUGCAUGCCCUCUGUCCUCCCACGUGGACCCACGUGCAUCGUCGGGCCUGGAUGGUGCUGUGACAAUGAGGGGGGGGAGUGGACAUUUUAAGGACACGGAGGAGCCUUAGAUGUUUCUGGAGGUGAUUAUUAGGACUCAUGAGCACAUGUGGACGUUUCAUACUGUGGGAUUUCUGAUACUUUGAAGCAAAGAAAACACAACUCAGGGUCAUUUCCUGUUCAGCGAUAAGAAGUCAUGAACCAAAAUGGCUGCCAUAAAGAGUGGUUCAUAGAUACAAUAUAUUUUUAUUUAGUUUAAAGCCUCACUUUCGCUUUCUUUCCUAUGGAGUUUAUAGCCGACCUUUGACCUGACGCUUCCUUAAUUAGUCACACUCCAUCCUGUCAACAGUGCAGCUGGAUUUCAAAUCGGUGCUCACCGCCCUCUAGUGGCGCUACCGCAGCACUGCAAGGAAGUUCCAACCCACUACGUGUAGUGACUUCUUCUCCCAACAAAAAUGAAUAAAAACCCCAAAAACUUAUAAGCUCCUCAAGAUGAAAUCCACUUUACUUCAUCACAUUAGAAUUGAGUUUUUUAAGCAUGUUCUUUUCAUACAAAAACUCCACAUUGACGGGAAAGGUGAUACUGUCAAUAAAACACCAAAGACAGUAACAAGCUUUAUUGUCUUGAAUGAAAACAACCACAUCAACUAACAACAUUCCCAUGGCAACCGUGUGUCUCUGCAGUACCAAAGUACUUCUUAACAAUCCUGAAAACUACUUGAAGGAAUCACUGCAGCACAUUGGAUGUGGCCUACGACAUACUGUUGCAUAUGAGUGUAGCAAGCCUUUUAUAGACUAGAUGUGUUUGUAGCAGCCAGUGCGGUUUCUGGGUUACACGUUACACGUGAGUGAAAUGGAAGAAAAGCAGCAGGCCGACAGUCCAGCAGCUCUGGAGGAACACGCUGACAGCACAGCAAGCCAAAAGUUGAUCUGCAGAGAAAGAACCAUCAGCAGAUUCUCACAAAACCUCCUGCCAUAUACAAAGGAUCUUUGAUGGCUGGUUUCUGUAGAUUCCUAAAAAUAGCCCCAAAAAUAUCCUGCCAUGUAAAGGAUCUUUGAUGAGUGUUUCUGGAGAAGGUUGUUAAAAACAACGCUCCUGCCAUUCUAGCUGUUUUAGUACUGCCACAUAUAGGAUCUGCAGCUGAGCGCUCCUGUCCUAUAGAGGAUCUUUGACUAGCAUUUUUGUGGAAGAUUUUUAAAAACUGCAGAGCGCUCCUGUCAAGAGAGAGGAUUGUUUGUCCGAAAAGUCAGAAAACCAGCAGAGCACUACUGUCGCAUACAUGAUCUUUGAUUAGUGUUUUUGUGAUAGAUUGCCAAAAACAGCAGAAGAUUCCUCUCAUAUAUAACAUCUUUGACUAGUGUUUGUGCAGCAGAGCACUACUGCCACAUAUCGGGUCUUUGACUAGCAUUUUUGUGGUAGAUUUCCCCAAAUUUUAGCUGUCACAUAAAGCAGAGCAUUACUGUCGCAUAUAGAAUCUUUGACUAUUGUAUUUGAAGUAGAUUCCAAAAAACAGCAGAGCGUUACCAACACAUUAUGGAUCUUUAACUAGCAUUUUUAGGUUCUUAAAAACAGCACAGAACUCCGGGCAUGUAGAGGAUCUUUGAUUGCUAUAUUUUAGUCCUAACACAGCAGACUGUCACACAUAGGAUCUUUGACUCGCAUAUUUUGCGGUAUAUUCCUAAGAACAGCAGGGAGAGGAAUUUUUUUAAAGUAGAUUCCUAAACAGAGCAAAGAGAUCUUGUCAUAUCGAGGAUCUUUGACUAGCGUAAGUCCUUGAAAACAAAAAGCGUUUAAUACAAUUCUUAUCUUCAAGAUACAGAUGCGUUCACUGUACCUUUCUCGGCGUAAACGCUGGCGCCCACGCCGGUUAUUUUGCAUAAAUAUGUGGUGUUGUGCGGCAGCUGGUCCUUGUAGCCUUUCAGUGUCAUCCUGUAGCCAUGAGGCUCCAACUCCGUUACCUCGCUCUUGCCUCGGAAUUUGGAAUCUGGCGGCAAACCGGACACGUUGGUGUUGAUGAGCGUCUCCUUGGAGCCGGAAGACCAGGAGAACUCAUAGCUGCUGAUCUGGUUGGGCUUGGCCUUCACCAGGCAGUCCACUCUCAGGUCGUCGUAGUCUUCAAGACACACCUUGAUGAGGUCACACCUCACUGUGGCGAGCAAGACUGCUGGGGAAACCCAUACAAUAUAUUCAGAGGAUGAUACUAUACUUAGUAUAGUAUCUUGGUAUAGUAUCUUAGUAUAGUAUCUUAGUUGGUCCUUCAUCCUCACCUCCCAGCACACCGUACACAAACAGGGAACGGAGCAUGAUGGAAUGCACCCAUCCAACUUGAAGAAAGAGCAAAAACAGCAAAGAGCUUACAGUUUUUAUCCCUUAAACAGGAAUAAAAACAGUGACAGAAUCAUGAUUCAUGACACGCUUCACAUCUGGGUGACGGUGUUCUUGUUUUCCUUUGCAAAAAAAAAAAAGUCAGAAUGCUCUGACCUGAUGUACAAUAAAUAUUCCUCCACUUCCCAGACCGCAUGGUUGAUGACGCAGCUUUCUAUUUUCAUGCUAGAACCUGAUCUACAUGAUCCAAUGUUCACAUCUCCUUGUCAUCACUUCAUACUUCAUACAGACAAUGUCAUAAUGUCAUAUAUGACGUUUUUUUUUACUUACCUGCAAUCAGUGCAGGAUGAUGAAGCAAGUCUCGGCGUGCAGCAAUGCAGAGCUAAACACUUCUGAACAGGAUGGGAGGGAUGCUGGGGGGGCGUGUCGAGGAUGGAUGCCAGAUGAAGGGCACCUGGUAGGAAGUACUCAUUAUCGGCAUUUGUUAUUAUGUCUAUUUUGAGUAUGACACGGAUCCAUUUUAAUCUGUGAAGCUGCAGUUAGCAAUUAUUCAUAUGAUGAGAUUGACGGUUGCUGCGUCAUCGGUGUCAAACUGUGUACGUCCCUUCUUUGGUUCCAGUGUGUGAAUGACAGCAUGUUCUAUUUUCCAUUUAGUGUACAAAUCCAUCCAGACAUCGUAUAGUAACAUUGUCAAAUGUGAUCACUGAAAUUUGGAUCACGAGUGCCACUUCAUAAUAGGUCCGGGUGAAACCGGAAGCAGCUGCUAGCAAAACUGCACAAAGCGAACAUAUCAAACGUCCUGGCGAUAGUUAAUCACAACGUGGCUUAAGUUAAAAAAAAAAAACAAAGUAUUAUACUUAUACAUUUUAAUAUAUAUCAAAAGAGAAACCAGAGAUAGAACUGAAGUUUCGGAACUUAUGUUCGAAACGUAUGUUGCCGAACUCAGCCAAAUACUUUUGUUUGAACUCAUGAACACUUUGUAAUAAUCAUUUCGUUUUUAUACAACUGCAUGAAAAGUGUAUUUUCAAUUUGCGAGUUUUAUGAAUUAAGAUCUGUUUAUGCUGUAUAACAAAAAUGGUCCGUCAGUCAUGGAAAUCCUUGGCUCCUAUUUGCUGUCUCUUAGAUAUACGCCCACUUUGAGGCUCCAUUCAAAUUCAAUAAAGACAACUUCAAGGUGAAACAAGUUUUUGUCAUAAAUAUAAAACUUUUAUUGCAUUGUUAUUUGCAUUUCUGUGAUGACUUGUCUUCUUUAAUAAAAGAACAUUGUGGUGCUAAGGUUACCUAACUUACA